AUGGUAGACAGAUUGAUAACGAGUUAUUUCAAUACUCUAUCAGCUGAACAGACUACUUUACUAAUACUACGGUUAUUGACAUCAUGUGUUGCGUUUGUUUGUCUUUUAUCAGCUUUAAUAUCACCCCUUCUGAAUAAUGAAAGUUAUAUGAUAAGAAUCGAUUGUGCUCGACUAAAUAUUGAAGCUGGACUUUCAGCAACAUUGAAAAAUAACUUAUUAUUCAAUUCAGAUUCCUUCUAUGAUGGUAGUCCCUUUGCUGCUACUUUAACCACCUCAGAUCUUAAUAUCAUUGCUGAAUAUUCUCAAGAUCAAGUUAAAGAUGCUCCUCAAUAUAUAACAGUAUCAUUAUGGAAAUGGUGUAGAGGGGAUUAUAAUGAAACUGAAGCAGGUGAUUCCAAAUAUUUAGAACAACAUGAACUGUUAACUUGUUAUGAUUCAAAUUCAGAUGUAUUAUAUGAUUAUGUUGAUCUUUUCAAUCUGGUAGGAUUAACUUUCAUCGAACUUUAUGCUUAUAAUGAUAGUGAAAAUGAAACUCAUUCUUAUGCUGAGACCGUGCUUAGAAGACAAAGAACUUAUAAAUUCGUCCCCUUUGGGAUCAUCGUAUCUACAGUCUUACUGUUCACAACAUUCAUCCUCACUAUAUUCAUCUAUGCCAAAGAUAAACAUUCAAGUUCUUCUUCAUUCAUCUUAUUAAAUCCAAAAGUAGUACGAACCAAAAAGACUAGUUUCACAUCAUUGGCAUUUUUAAAUUUCACCGCCAUAGUGUCAACCGUAUCAUUCGUCAGUAUAAUGACAGCUGUUGCCUUACUUUCAGCUGUCCUUAAUCAACUUGAACGUGAAAUCAAUCGUCAAUUAGCAUCAUUUGGAAUCGCAUUACAUUUAGGUAAGAUCUGGUUUAUCUUACUUUAUGUCGGUUGUGUAUCCUCAUUAUUAUGUACUCUUUUAUGGAUGUUUCCCUUAUGGUGUGGGAAUCCAAGUCGAGCACCGGAAAUAUCCGUCCAUGAUGAUGAUAUUGAACCUGCUAGACUUAGUAGUCCCGAAGAAUUACCGGAAGAUCCCAAGGAUAGUGAUAGUGAUGGUAAUGGUAAUAACGAUCAUAAUGAGAAUGGUAAUGACAUGAAUAGUCCUGAUGAAAAUGAAAAUGAACAGCAAAAUAAUGAUGAGGAGAGUGAAUGGGAGAUAAGAUUAGUAGGCAAUCAACCUACUGAACAUCAAUUACGUAAAUUGGGUCAUAUGUUAACGAAAUCAGCAAGAAAGACCGAUUUUAAUAUCAUGACGAGGAGUUCCCUUUAUUCCAAUGAUUCAGAAAGUAUUCAUUAUCAAGAAAGUAUUUAUAAUGGGUAUACUGAUGAAAAUCCAUUCACCAGUACUGCAUUGCUGAGAGGAGGGAAUAGCUCGUCAGGGAAUCAAUAUAAUUCAACAUCAAAGAAUGAAACUUUAGAACUUGAUGAUUUGGAUCGUAAUAAUAGCAGUGGUGGAACUAAUACCAACAGUAAACGAACGAAAAAAAUGACAAAAUCAACUACGAUGUCACUUGAUGGACCCAUUACAUCGAUCAUGGAUGUCCUUACUGACAGAUUCGAUUCAGGCCGGAUAAAUCAUAACAGAUAA